AUGAAUGCCAGAACAAGACAGCCGACAGGAGCACCCACCAAACCUGUCAAACCCAAAACAGUGCGAUAUUGGCCAGGAAAAGCACCUAUAGCAGACGACCCACUUGAAUCAAGUGAUUCCAACCCAUCCGACACUGAACACCCUACACCACUGGAUCCAUCUGAUGACAACGAAGAUGAAGACAUUACAGAAGCCGUUAACCAACGAAUGGUUUCCUCUACUCCUGCAACAAGUAUAUCCCACACUUUAAUAUCAAAAGAUCGACGACUAAACCGACUUUCUCAGCGUAGUCAGCGUGAUGAAGCACCCAGUCUAUCACGAACAGAUUCCGAUAGUGUUCAAAUCCGAGUUUCUACAACCACACUAGAAACCCAAGGGAAUGAUGGAGAAGCCGAUGCAAGCGAUGUUGAAGACGAGAAUGCAUUGAAACGGAGAGAACGGAUUCGUGAGCAAGCGCUAUUACAUCGUACACGAGAAGAAGCCAGUGCUGCAUUUGCUGAAAACCGCAAGACAUUAGAAAAAAAAAGAGUUCAAGAUGACGACGAUCUAAGCGGAGAUCAAAACGAAACAGAUCAAGAUAGUGAGGAGGAGGAUGAAGAUGAAAGUGAUGAGGAGGAGGAUGAGGCAGGCUACUCGUUGCGGCCUAUGCUCAAGCCCAUAUUCGUUCCAAAAAAGCAUCGUGAGACUGUCUUGGAGCGAGAUCGGCUGAUUCAAGAGCAAGAAGACGCAGAAAAGGAACGGAUAGAGAAACUAAAGGAGCGGAAAAAAGAAUCUCAAAAUCUAGUAGAUGAGCUCUUGCAAAAGGAAUUGGUUGAAGCACAAGCAGAGACACAGAUUUUGGAUAUAGAUGAUACGGAUGGACUGGACGAAGUAGCAGAAUAUGAAGCAUGGAAGCUUCGUGAGCUGCAUCGUAUAAAGCAGUAUCGGGAAGAACGAGAUCAGCGCGAUGCCGAAAUGCGUGAUAUUGAGCGAAGGAGAAAUAUGACGGAUGCAGAGAUUGCAGCUGAAAACAGAUCACUUGGUCUAGGUGAAAAGGAAAAGGUGAAGCACGCAUUCAUGCAAAAGUAUUACCACAAAGGAGCGUUUUAUGUCGAUGAUGGGCGGAUUGGCGAUGCUCUGAAAAAAACAGAUGGAGAUGCACCUACGCUGGAGGAUCGGUUUGAUAAAUCAGCUCUGCCUGCCGUAAUGCAAGUCAAAAACUUUGGUCGGGCAGGCCAAACCAAAUACACGCAUCUACUGGAUCAAGACACGACAAAUGUUGAUUCGGCUUGGAGUAAAAAGUCGGAUGUUAAUAAGAAGAUGACGAAUAGACUUGGUGGAAUGAAGAGUGUAUUUGAAAAGCCAACAAAAAAAAGACGAGCAGGCGAAUAA